ACAUAUAUUGAGUUGCAAAUAAACUGCGCAUUUAUGAGUGGACAUGCGAAAUUUUCAUUUGUUUAAAGUGAUCAAUUUCUCAGGUUCAUAUUAUUGUAGUGACGUAUUGUCGAUUUACGUUUUUAAUAUUUUCGUAGUAUAAAAAAAUAUUUGAAGAAAUGGGAAGUUUACGAAGAGACAAUUAUUCGGGUUCGAAAAAAUUAAGAGAAGAAUUUAUAUAUCAUAUUCUUCAGUGGAACCCAAAAUGGUUUACAAAAGGAAAUGAAAGUACUGUUGAGUUAAAAAAAAUUUUGCCAUUACAAAUAAAGCCGUCAUUAUUAUCAUACGAUAGUUUCGAUGAUUAUUAUCAAACUCAGUUAUUACUUUUGCUUUAUGAUUUCUGGGAUCACUUGAAAGCGAGUUUGGAAAUUCGCAAUAAUAAUGUUCAUAAUAAUUACAAAUCAUUUGAUAAUUCAGAAUUUAAAACUCUAUUUUCAUGUAGAUAUACUGAAGUCGAUUCUGAUAACCACCAGAUUUUGCACUUGAAAUUACGCUCAACAAAGUCUUUGUCGCACACAUUUAUUCCAAACGUUGGUACUCUGGUUAAAUUUAAAAAUCCGUUGGAAAAUAAUGACGAACAGUUUGCAUUAAUUCAAAACAUUGUUCAGGAUCAAAUACAUGAUCGAGUAACAUAUGAGAUAGCAACAAAACAUACGGAGAGAAAAAAAAUUCCAAAUACUAUUUGUUUAGUAUCAGUAACUUUGACAUCAUUAUAUAUGACACUUAUUGACUCAUUAAUAAAUCUCCCGCAAACUCCGUUGUGUCAAGCGGUUCUAAAACCUACGAUUGAUAAUUACGAAUUCUCAUCAGUUGAUGAUGAUAAAGUUAUUGCUGUCACAGAGGACACUCUUAGCUCGAAGCAAUUGGACAUUAUGGCAAGAGUUGUUAAAACAGUCGAGGAAAACAAACCUAAAAUAUGCAUGAUCUCAGGACCCGCAGGCACUGGAAAAUCAAAAAUUAUCGCUAAUUGCGUUUUUUCAAUGCUGAGCAGACAGAGCACUGAAAGAAUCUUAGUUUGUGGACAGUCGAAUUUAGCAACUGAUUUAAUUACUCUAGAGCUAAUGGGUCAAAAAUCAAAACUUGGAAGAGAUGGCAUACGACUUAAUGUGAUUCGUCUAGGUUCAGAGGAAAAAAUGAACGAAACAGUCAAAUCAGUCUCAUUUGCAAGUCUUAGGAAAAAAAUCCGAGGUGAAAAUCCUUCGAUAAUUUUAAAAAAUGCUAAUGUAAUUUGCAGUACUUUAGCAUCUUGUUCGAAUAAUUAUAUUCUACGUUUUUUCAAAGACAUACCAGUUCCAGUUUGUCUUAUUGAUGAAGCACCGCAAGCUAUAGAAGUUGAAACAUGUACACCACUGAUGCUUGGUGUAAAAAUUUUGAUUCUUGUCGGUGACUCCCAGCAAUUCUGCCCCACAGUAUAUUCUGAGGAAGUAUGUGAUAACAAUUUGGGACAAUCGCUAUUUUGGAGAGCUCAAAAAAAAUUUGAAAAGGAAGAAAAUAACCCGAUUAUGACACUAGAAGACCAAUAUCGAAUGGCAGAUGCAAUCGCAGAAUGGCCCAAUAAGUUUUUCUACAAGGGUACAUUAAAAAAUUGCGCUUCCGUUCGACCUCUGGGUUUUUACAACUACAGAGUACUCAAUCACUCGUCUCCUGAAGAAGAAGGAGGCUACGUUAAUAUUGGAGAGGCUAAAUUAGUAGUCAAUAUUGCCUACACUCUAAUGACUCAAGCAAAAUUAGAGACUUUGAGUUCUAAAAUAGAUAUAGGUAUCAUUGCAUUCUCUGAUUUACAACGUGAUUUAAUAAUAGAGAUGCUGGAUAAAAGGACAUCUGAUAUUUGUAACGAUCGUAAAGAUAAAUUUCAGUUGGCUGUAGUGAAAAUGGGAGACGCGUUCCAAGGAUCAGCCUGUGAUAUUAUCAUCCUGUCUUGUGUCCGCAGUCUAGAGCCUAAAUUUAUUGAUAGUCCAAAUCGACUAUGUGUCAGUUUAACCCGUGCAAAACAUACUCUCAUUAUUUGCGGCAACUUUGCUGAAUACAACCAAAAUGAUAUGUGGGACUCACUUAUCAAAGACUCACAAGAACGUAAUUCAUACUUUACCAUUGAUUAUAAUGAUGAAUCGAGCACCCUGAAGCAGUAUCGAAUUUCUGAUAAUUAGAAAAAAAAAGUUUAUCUUAUUUUAAUUGAAAUAUUCAUUACAUUUUUAUCUUCUACGUUCAAUACUAUUCCCAUACUUUUUUUAAACAAUUCAUUCAUCUGUCUAGGACAAUAAUUAUUAUAACAGUCAGUUUUAAUACUAAUAAAUAAAUAAACAUC